CUGAAAAUUACGCCAGUAGAAAACUUUAUGAACUCUGAAUCUGGUAAGAAGGGAAGAUAACCAGGAAGCAAUAACUUUAGACGGCAGAAUCGAGGUGGACGAUGGUGCCAGUUAAGUUCUUCUGUCUAAGGCCCGGAUGAGUAUAAUGGGCCACUACAAAAAUUAAUCAUAGCCACAAGUGACCAAGGGGAAGUACCAAAAUAUACAUUCCCAGGCCAGCAGCACCAUGAUGCCCAAAAUGCAGGAGCUAAUGCAGGACCAGGCCAGCCAGAGGCUGUUAGACCAUCAGCCCCGCCUUCAGCAACAAUGGAUACUGUUCCAGGAUAUGAAGGAAUUGGAGCAGGAGGGGGUGACCUUCCCCCACCAUACCCUGGGGACGUGCCAGUUCAAAUGCCAACUCCCCAGCCUCUUGAAGCACCCUGGCAAAUUCCUUCCAUCAGUGAAAGUGUUGCUCAGGAAGCCUUCAUUAAGUAUGCUUCCAGUAAGUGUUGCUAUAGCACUAAACCUGCUAAAGAGAUGGUGUUUACCGAUUUACAGGCUCACAAUACCUUUAGGUACCGACUCGAGACGUUUACUGAAUCCAGAUCAACAAACUGGGAUAGUGAGCCUUACAAUGGUGGCGGAUGCUUACUGUGGAGUGGCUCCAAAGCCGUGGGACAUUCCUGUUACAACCCCUGCACUCUUUAAGGACAACACAAAAGCUCUGAAAGUGCCCUUCACAUCGUCUGUCAAGGGAUGCCAUACCUGUCUGGGACUGGGCCUGACUGCCUGCAGACACUGUGUGUCAUCUGGAUGGAUUCAGUGCAGUGGGUGUCAAGGUUCAGGGACGCGCUUUUCUUCCGAUAGAUGCAUUACCUGCAGCGGCAGGGGGCGACUCCGGUGCUCAUAUUGUUCUGGAAGGGGAUCACACCAGUGUAAGACUUGCAGUGGAAAAGGGAAGCUUCUGUGCUUUAUCAAGCUAACAGUGAAAUGGAAAAACAAUGUGAAAGAAUAUGCAGUGGACACUCGGUCAGGCUUCCCAAUGGAUCAAAUAUUCAGUGCUUCUGGAGAAAAAGUCUUCUCUGAUACACAUCCACUGGUGAGUCCUAUCAGGGGUUUUCCCGCGGAUAAAAUUAACGAGGCCUCAGAAAAUUCGGUGAGAGAGCACUUUGCCCAGUUCUCAUCAUCCUGCCGUAUCAUGCAACAGAGACAAACCAUUGAACUGGUUCCCAUCACACGUGUCCACUACAUCUGGAAAGAAAAUGCUAAUUUCUUCUUUGUAUAUGGAAAUGAGCAUAAGGUCUACACAGAUGACUACCCUGCAACAUGCUGCUGCACUCUGUUAUAAAGAUUGGGGGGAAGUUUCACACAACUUGACUGGCACUAAUUCUAUGCUUUGUUUAGGUAAAUUAACAUUAUGGAUGAUUAAUGCUGAUCUAGGUCUGUAAAACACUGAAUUUAUGAUCAAACCACGCAGCAAAGAAGUUGUAUUGAGCUGUAAUAUUGGCUGAAUUACUUUUGAAUGUAAAGGAUAUAGAUCAUUUUGCUUGAAUUUGAAAUAUGUACAGCAGGUGCAACAUGUCCUACCAAGUUGUUUUAUACAGAUGUUGUAAUGGGGCUGUAAAUCGCCUGUAAGUUCUCAGUUUUUAUGAGAACAAAUCAUUAGUCCACAAUAUCCAUGAUAUCCAUGUCUACAUACUGUACAUAGGCUUCCAGAUACAUGCCCUGUGGCAGGAUGCCCCAUGAAAGGUCUGUAAUGACCAUGGAUUGGCCACUAGAGGCCGCCAAAAUCAUCUUAAGACUUGUUCAUGUAAGUCAAAAGUCUUACCUGUGUGUGCUAUCCAUCCAUCCUUUUUCUGACCACCUUAUCCAAAACAAGGUUGCGGGGAGCCAGAGCCUAUGCUGGCAAACAACUGGCACAAGGUAGGAUACACUCUGGAUGGAACGCCAGCCCAUCGCAGGGGACAUGGAGAUACAAACACUCUUAAGCCAGGGCCUGUUUUCCCACAAGUUAACUUACCAGUUUGCCUUUCGACUGUGGGAGGAAACCAGAACACCAGGAGGAAACCCACAUGAACAUGGGGAGAACAUACAAGCUCCACAAAGAUAGCAUCCCAGGAAUUGAACCUAGGGCCUCAGCACUGCAAGGCAAGAAUACUAACCACUGUGUGACAUUGUUUGUGUAUUAAUGAUCAAGUAAUGGUUUUAAUUGUGUGCAUUAUUUUGUAAUUUGAUGUUUAUCGGGGUGCAUCACUGGGGUUUAAGUUAGAGGGGUUGUCUGCUUGCUACCUAGAAUAUAUUUUUUAUUACUGAAUUAUUUGGUUAACUUUGGUUGUUGUUUAAUGUGUGAAGGUGUCUUGAGCCCUGCUGCCACAAUUAGGGAUCUGUUACAGUAUGUAUAUAAUGUAUGCACAUUCAGUAGCAUAUUAUAGGUACAUUGACUGGUGGACUUGUUAUACUUGUUUUCUUAUCUAGUCACAUGUUUUUCAUGAGAUUCUAGGCACUGAACUAGGAAGUCUUUUAGCAUCUACAUUGAACUUCUCAUUUCUGCUUGUGGACACAGUCAUUUGUUUCCACUUUGCAGCUGGUAGUGCUAUACUCUCACAGAAAUCAUCUUUAACUAUUAUUGUUAAUAUGAAGGUAUGAAUUCAUCCUCAGAUUUAUUUCCAAAUAAGUAAGGGUAUAUACGUAUACGUUCCACCAAGACUCUACAAUGUUUUAUUAACAUAAGUUAAUAAACUUUAACCUCUCUUAAGGUUUAUGCUUGUUUCCACAUGAUUAAAAGUGGUUCAUCUGUUGAAGGAAGUAAGGUAUAAGAAAAAUGAACAUUUUCAGUAUGUUAAAUGUUUUAUUUUCAGGCCCAAAUUGUGAUUGACAUUAACUAUGCUGCCUGCCAUGAAAAAUUCUACAGACACCAGCAGCAUUGGUAAACCUUUCACCCAUUUUGGGUCUGAUUUUAGCUCAGCUUGUUUUCCACAGACCACAGACCAAAUCCUUGGAGUGAUGCAAAGUAGUUACAGUCUAUUUAGAGAUACCCCUAGGCACCCUGUGUUCCUUCUCUUUCAAGAAAUUGAAUGGAUCUGAAACUGAAUCUUCUAAACUGACUAAAAUGAAUCACUUGACAGAUUUUCUAGCAAGCAUUAAAAAUUGAUUUUGAUAAACAUUUACUGUGUAUUUACAUGUAAGACUGAUUUCCUGAUAAAACAACUUUUUAAUUUUUUUUAUUUACCCUCAGCAUAUUAAUUUAAGAGAAAAAAAGUAAUACUUGGCUUUUCCUAGCUUUCUCUUUUGUUGAACUGGAAGAAUGAUAGCUAUUUUUAGUUACUACGAACAGUGAUUAAAUGGGUCAGUUUAUUUAUGGAACAUUAAUACUUUGGCAGUGUUUCCUGUAUGUCACCACUUUUGUUAUAAAAAUAAUACAGCAAUAAAUCAUUUUUCUAAUGCUU